GUAACAGUUUUUUCUGUUUUACAGUUUUCAAGGUAUGCUGCUUUACUGCUUGGCCUGGCCUAUGGAUAUAAGAGAAAUGGUAAAUUUCUGUUUUAUUGGUUAGCUAUUACAGAGUAGUCAAUCUCUGGGAACACUGUGAGGAGGUUGGGUACCUGAGUCUUUUUGUUUUGGGAAGUUGGCAAAACUUAAUAUUGAAACAGAAAAAAUAAGGUAUUCUUCUAAAGGAGCCACUAGUACUCAUUAUACCAUUUGCUGUGCUAUUAUGAGAAAUUCAGAGUCAAAUUUUACCUGACUUAAAAAACUACAGCCAAACCAAGACAUACAUGUAACUUUGUCAACCUGGCCCCUGGGAUGUGUAAAAAUAAAGUGUUUGAAAGUUAAAGGUCCUUAUGUUACAUCAGUAACUCAUAACAGUACACAUUAGACUGACGGACCUGAGGCCAACAACAGCAGCGUGCUCAUUUUGCCCCCUCUCUCUAAGGCCACACCUGGGAAUGGAACUAAAAAACCUCGUGCAAAGAAAGCCUCACAGUAAUGUAACUGACUGUGCUAAUCCUUGCUCCAAAAAGCUCUUACAUUAUGUACCAGUUAUUGCUGAGCAGUACCUGGUCCUAUAAAGUAAUUUUUCUACUUUUGUAGAAUAUCUAAAACCCAUAGCAGCUCAAGAGAGGGAGGUUGAAGCUGCAAGAGCCAAAGAACGAGCAGAGUUAGAGGCCAUCAGAAAAGCUGAGGCUGCAAAA